UUUGCAUAGAUGAAGUCACACUCUGUCGUAGGCAAUAGGUUGCGAGGAUGUCGCGAAAGACCCGCUUUUCUCUCAAACUUCUGUAAAUUGUAGUGCAAAUAACGCUAAAUUCACCCAUUCAAUCGGCCUACGCUAUAUCCAAGGAGGGAGGAAAGUCCUUUUUCUAGGGGCCAGCCAAUGGUUUUUGGGCCUGCACAAUUGACUUCACUUAUGGAAAAUCCGAAGGCAUUUGACCUCCGUGAUGAACCACAGAUUGAUCUGAAGUUGAUCCCAAUGAGCUCUCCUCACAGGGGCCACAUGGAGGUACAGCAACGUGGUGAUGUUUCUCCUCCAGUGCCCUCUGAGUACUUCAGAAGUAAGAUGAACAAAGACAAAAAAUCCAGUAUUACAGAGGAUAUAAGAAGCGCUUCAUACCAGUGUUCUUGUGAGAUGUGGACUUGUGGGGAAUGCAGCAAGCAGUUCACAUCAGCCAGGGCACUCAAGAUUCAUGAAGUCAAGCAACAUGAGAAUGUACCCAGGCGAUACCUCAAGUGCACACAUUGUGAAGAGGUGUUUGACCACAGCAACCUGCUCCAGAUACAUAUGAAGGUCCAUCACAACAUCAAGGUUCGGUGCCCUCAGUGCAGGGAUUCUUUUGAUCAUCCACGAGUUCUGUCCAUGCAUUUGAAAUCCCAUCAUUCUGAGCCUGUGUGCCUAGUCUGUGGAAUUAAAUUCGAUCAUGACAAGAUUCUCAAGCUUCACAUGGAAAACUAUCACAGAAUCAAUAAGGGUCAGUCAAAUAGUCAAGAAACACCUGAGACGAGCGGCCAGGGAGCACACCAGGAGUUUGAUGACCAGGAUGAGCAAUACCAUGAUGCAACCCUAGAUGGUGAGACAGAAUACAAAGCAGAAGAGAAAGCUAGAGAUCAAGUCUUUACCUUCCCGAGGCAGUCAGACGAACACAGGAAUCGUGGCUAUGAGAGCCAGGGGAGGUCAUCUGAUGAAGAAUACAUGGCCAGUAGAUCACCUCGAGACAAUGAGCGCUUGAACAGUGGGCAGGACGCUCACCUACUGUCACCAGAGAAUAUAACACACAUGAGGUCACCUUUGGCAGAAGAACGUGUCAGGGAUAGGGGAAGGGAUAACCACUCCAUAUCACCUGAGCCGAAUCGGCUUCAUAGAAUAAACAGAUCGCCUGUGGCGGAUGAUUACCUCCCAGCACUAAGAGAUAGAUCUUCUGUAAGUCCGGACCCUCGAGGAAGACCUCCUAUAAGUCCAGAUUAUAGAGGCAGACACCCUAUCAGUCCGGAUCCUCAUGGCUUCAAGUCUCCAGGCUACCCCGAGAGCGAUUUACAUACUAGGACCCUACCUUCUGAAAGAGGUUUCCAUCUGGAACGUAUCCCACUAGGGUACCCUCGUGAAGCAUCGCCAAGAUGGCCUGUAUAUCCCGCCAUUCACGAUUACAGGGAUCUUUACCAAGAGCACAUGUUCUACCCUCCACGAGGCGUCCUCUCCCCUGAACAGGAGCGAAUUAUGCGGGCUGAGCUGCGCCAUUAUGGUCACAGACCACUUGGACGAAGCCGUAGCUUGCCCAGUAAUCCAUCCUUACUCCAUCACACCCUUGUUCCUGUCUACCCGUGGAAUGUACCCGUGAGGGCUGUGCCCAUGCGGGAGCAGCCUGCGCCAGAGCAAAGGGUAGACAGAGCGUCACUUGAAGCCAUGCGUAACAGCCUCAUAGAAAAGCUACAGAAGGUGGAAGCUACCUUGAUGGAGGAUGAUCGCUGUCAAUCUGUCUAUCGCCAUCCGUCAGAAGUCCCCAUGGAAGCCCAGAGGUACCACUACCCACAGAAAGAGGCUAUACUGUCUCCCAGACCCAGUGUGAUAACUGCAAGGAGAGAAGUAGAUAAUGAAGACACCACACGGCGGCCAGAUGAGAGAAACAGCUCCAGAUCCCCAGUGAAAGCCCACACAGUCACUCGAAAAGAUAACCAUCAGGAAGUUCGGCAUAGCGAGGAUUUGCAAGAAAGGGGAGAUGAACAACCUCAUCCAGCACAUAUCCAGGCUGUGGCCUUGCCCAACACAGCUCAUGUUCCUCUUAAGCGACACGACGACGACCUUGAUUUAAGCGAUCAGUCGAAAAUAUUUAUCAAGCGCGGAGCACCGAGGUGCAACCUCUGCCAGCAGACAUUCUCGUCCAAGAUGGCGUAUCUGCACCAUUUGAUAUCCCACCGAGAAAAGGACGACCUUACCGACGCAGCCAAACAAGAACUCGAGUUCUUAGAAGGCCUAGACAACGACUCGAAAUCCCCCAGAAUGGAAAACAUGCAUCAGGGUCGAUCUCGAUAUACGGAACCACGCAAUGGAAAUUCCGAGGGAAAAGAGGGCAGCGACAAGCCGCAAAAGCUACUAUCUCAACAGCAACCACAACCCAAAGAUACUACUCCAAUCCCAAACGUGAUGCCGUUCGGUACUGCGACCUGCUCUAAAUGUAAAGACGUAUUUGCUGAUUCCCUUUCAUGCCGUAUGCACAUUGAGAAGCGCCACAUGAAACCACGAUGCCGCGAGUGUGGUUUGAAAUUCGAUCACAAGAAUCUACUCAAAAUACACAUGGACUGUUAUCAUAGUAAUAUGGAAGUCCUACAGUGUUACUACUGCGGUGCGUCGUUCAAGCAUCGCGCAGAGUUUCUGGAUCAUUUGACUUCGCACGAAACGGAGACCAAAGGGAUGGAUACUAAAGAAAGGGGCGAGAAUAACAGCGAACAGACGGAGCAAAGCGGGAGACGACGAUGGAGUCAGCUCGUGGCUUCUGCCCAGCUGCCCAUGUCGCCUCAGGGAGGUCUGUUCAUUGGUUAUCAGAAGGAUAGGUUUAAGCCAAGAGCAGCUGGUAGGGGAGAAAAGAGAAAGCUAUGUAAAACAAUGUCACUGCCGACAAGAGCUCCGCCACGAGAAGGGGAUGUGAGUCCGGGUGAACAAGCAUGGAAGAGACGUGCCAAGGACGACUCAAGCACCCAAGAAUCCAGAACUCGUAUCUUCAUGCCAAGUUCUGAGGAGGCAGAUAAAGCGUCCCCGCCAUCAAACCAACAGCCCGGACGUGAAAUCAACCCAGGGGAUGACAUACCCCGUCUUCCCCUGGUCCCGCCGAAUAUCCGUGACGUGCCGCUUUCGCAUGAGUAUUCUGAGAACUGCGGUAAUGAAAGUGGCAGAUGUGAACAAGUGAGAGAGCGACUGAGUUUACGAGAGCAUAAGAGGCUCAUGUUACGCCAGCAUCAGAUGUUGAGCAAAUACGAGGCAUCAAACGAAGACAUGCUUUCUCACCAUGCAGAUGCGCUCGUAAAGAUCGAGAAAGUAGAAAGAGAACCUCUGUCCGAGAAAAAUAAAGACGAGAACGCAGGAGAAGAUGGGGAAAGAACAUUAGAGAAUGACCUGAGGUCGGAGCAAGAGGGGGUCUAUAACCACGCACUUGAUACGCAGUCUCCAAAGAGCGCAAUACACCAUCGCGUACUGCAGCGACUUCAUCAAGACUCACCUCUCACGUCAUCCCCAGUAACCUCACCUGCAUCGCAUAACCCAAAACAAUUGUAUCCCCGCACCACCUCACCAAGCUCUACACGAGAAUCUAGCCCUGCGUCAAGUAGGUCCAGCUCCCCACCCAGACAACAGCAUGAAUCAGGAUCCGAAUCUAACAUUGGAUCUAACAUUGGCGAGAAACCCACCAAGGAAAAACGGCGAGAUAAUAUUAAUAAACUGACAAGGGAGGCUUUGUUGAAUUCUCUUUCUCUUAAACGAAGAUCAAGUGCUCCGGAUGCGAUGGAUGUCACCGCAAAGGACUCCAAAUCCGUCUCGGAAUGCACCACCGUGGCAUCUUCCAUGAGCUCGGAAGCUAGCCCGGCUGGUAGCUGUAGCUCAGUGGAUAGCGGGGAGGAGCAGCCUGGUGUGUCACCACAGUACUCCCCUCGAAGGAAGGUGACUCGGGAGAUCUGGUGUCAUCCCUGCAACUUGAGGUUCGUGCACAAAAAGCUUUACAAGAUUCAUGUUGACUCGUACCACGGCGAGCAGCAGACAAAUUCAUGCUUGCAAUGUGGCCAGAAGAACUUCAAAGACAAGACCGACUUCUUGCAACAUUUGAUGUCGCAUCGAAAGAAUCCUGAAAAUGUUGUAAUGGGUGAUGAGAAUAACACAAAAGCAAUAGUCGGCGGGGAGACUCUCGCUACUAAUCCCUCCAACGACCAGCCUUCGGAGCCUGCCGCGAAGAGGUUUAAAAGUUGUCCUGAAGUGGAAUACCACCCGGAAGACAACAUUGCGGAAGGGACAAGCUCGAUAGACCUUAGGUCUCCGCAGAAAAGACCCAAAAAUAACGACGCGCUGCCUGAUGAACCGAAAAGGCAUCACAAAUCGCGUCAUGAUGAGAACAAGACAAACACGUGUUUCACUUGUGGUAAGACGUUUACAGACGGCAGACGACUAGAGCAGCAUUUGUCCACACAUGCGAGUAUCAACAAGGAAGGUCAGUUCUGCUGUUCACUGUGCACCAAGGCGUUUGACACGCCACGCAAGCUGGAGAUUCACUCGCGGUGCCACACGGGCUUCAAGCCCCAUAAGUGCGAGUUCUGCGGACGAUGCUUCCCAUACUACAGCUCGUACUACUAUCACAAAAUGACACACACAAAGGACCGUCCCCACAAGUGCCCGCUCUGCGGAAAGGGCUUCAUUCAAACACGCUACUUGCGCUCGCACCUCAAGACCCACAAGGAUGAGCAGGGCUCUCUUAGCGCCGAGGUUGACAGCAUUAUACAGAACAUUAAGGACGGUCCGGACAGUCCGGCCCUGUCCGAGAAUUCCCCGUCCGCUCGUGACGAUGACGAUGAGGCAGUGACUGCAGAGAUUCUCUGCAGUUUCCGGCGCUCUAAAGGAGUGGGAUACUCCCAAAAACUUCAGAAUGGCUCAGAUGCCGACUCGAGCCUCGACUCGCCCAGGGUCUACACUGGUAGUACGUCUGGGUCGGAGGAGAGUGUGUUCUCCAGUGACGACGAGCACAUAGUGAUAGUUUAGAUAUGGUCUUUUGAAACACGGGAAUUUUGAUGCUCUGAAGGAGUGGGAUACUCCCAAAAACUUCAGAAUGGCUCCGAUGCCGAAUCGAGCCUCGACACGUAUAUAGUAUAGACUUGUUUUUUGAUACACGGGGAUUUUAAUGUUUUUGUAUAUAUAUGAUAAAAAUAGGUAGUGGUGUUAGUAGUAACAAUUCAUUAAGCUUUUUGGAGAUUUGGUAUAUUUUGAUGUAACAUAUGGGGUAUGAAUAACAGUGUCAACUUAAAUAAAAUUGUUUUCUUAAAA